CAUGGCUAAUGAGCGCGCUUCAUUAAUGUGGUCACAGCAACAUGGCAGGAAGGAGACUCUCGGACAGAUGCAGAGAUAGUGAAAACAGGGUUUUGCUCCCCAAAGUGAGUUGCUCUUCACCACUUGCCUCCUUGCAUGGCAGCGGCUCGCACUGUGCAACGAAAGCAUUGGGGCUCAGGGACGCAAGUGGGGUGGGAGCAUCUUUGCUCAGACACAAGCAGAAAUUGAGGUGGAUUUAUUUUUUUCCUUAAUUCUGCUUUUUUUUUUUUUUACCACCCCCCCUGUGGAACCGGUGCCACCCGGCCCUGCCAUGACUCAGGAACGGGUGGCCUUGGCAGUGAAGCGUGGUCCGGCCGCCGGCUUUGAUCCCCACGGCACUGAAAGCGGUGACCCCGGGGACCGCCUCGUCCCUCCUCCUUUACAAGCCGAAGCUUCCUCGCCCUUGAAGUUGCUGGCAGGUUACCGGAGCAGAGCAGAACAUCAUGAAGCACCCUGAGACCCGGCGUCCCUGAAACACCCAUCGCCGCAGGGAGGACCCUCCAGAAACCGCGUGGGGCAGGGGGGAAAAACCAAAAUGAGGCUCUUCCGGAGACGCUACAGCCCCUUGAAGGUGGCUUUGGCAGGCGCCGUCUUCGUCAUCUUCCUCUUCAUCCUGCAGAAGGAUGUGGGGAACAAGGACCCGAGCGAGGAACCCUGGUUGAAGAACAUCGUCCAGGGGAAGGACCAAGUCCUCGACCUGAUGCUGGGGGCAGUCAACAACAUCAGAGACUCGAUGCCAAAGCUGCAGAUCAGAGCUCCGGUUCGGCAAGAGGAACCACUGCCCAGCGCUCGCUCCUGCCUACCCGGCGUCUACACGGCGGCGGAGCUUCGGCCGCUGAUGGAGAGACCCCCCCAAGACCCCGCCAGCCCCGGAGCCGACGGCAAAGCCUUCAAGAAGGAUCAAUGGACGCCGGAGGAGACGAAGGAGAAGGAUCGAGGUUACGAGAAGCAUUGCUUCAACGCCUUCGCCAGCGACCGCAUCUCCCUCCAGCGAGCGCUGGGACCUGACAGCCGCCCGCCGGAGUGCAUCGACCAGAAAUUCAAGCGGUGCCCCCCCUUGCCCACCACCAGCGUCGUCAUCGUCUUCCAUAACGAAGCUUGGUCGACGCUGCUGCGGACGGUGUACAGCGUCCUGCACGCCUCCCCGGCCCUCCUCCUGAAGGAAAUCAUCUUGGUGGAUGAUGCCAGCACGGAUGAGUACCUGAAGGAUGAGCUGGAUCGCUACGUGGAGCAGCUCCAGAUCGUGCGAGUCGUGCGGCAAGAGGAGCGUAAAGGGCUGAUCACGGCACGGCUGCUGGGGGCCAGCGUGGCCAGCGGGGAGGUCCUGACCUUCCUGGAUGCCCACUGUGAAUGUUUCCACGGCUGGCUGGAGCCCCUCUUAUCCCGCAUCGCCGAAGAGCCCACGGCCGUCGUAAGCCCCGACAUCGCCACCAUCGAUCUCAACACUUUCGAGUUCUCCAAGCCCGUUCAGAACGGCAAACAGCACAGCCGGGGCAACUUCGACUGGAGCCUGACUUUCGGCUGGGAGGUCGUCCCACCCCGGGAGAGGCAGCGGAGGAAGGAUGAGACCUUCCCCAUCAAGUCCCCGACCUUUGCCGGUGGCCUCUUUGCCAUCUCCAGGUCCUACUUCGAGCACAUCGGCUCCUACGACGACCAGAUGGAGAUCUGGGGGGGCGAGAACGUGGAAAUGUCCUUCAGGGUCUGGCAGUGUGGGGGUCAAGUCGAGAUCAUCCCUUGCUCCGUCGUGGGUCACGUUUUCCGUUCCAAGAGCCCCCACACCUUCCCCAAGGGCACCCAGGUCAUCUCCAGGAACCUGGUCCGCCUGGCCGAGGUCUGGAUGGACGACUACAAGGAGAUCUUCUACAGGAGGAACCAGCAAGCUGCGCAGAUGGCCAGAGAGAAGACGUAUGGUGACAUUACAGACCGGCGCAAGCUGAGGGAGCAGCUCCACUGCAAGAACUUCACCUGGUACCUCCAGACCAUCUACCCAGAGAUGUUCGUCCCUGACCUGACUCCAACUUUUUACGGAGCGAUAAAAAAUGAGGGCACCAAGAGCUGCCUGGACGUUGGUGAGAACAACCACGGUGGGAAACCGCUCAUCAUGUACCCCUGCCACGGGAUGGGGGGCAACCAGUAUUUUGAGUACACGAGCCAGCAGGAGCUGCGGCACAAUAUCGGGAAGGAGCUCUGCCUGCGAGCGGGCUCGGGAUCGGCCGAGCUGGGCGACUGCCAGUACCGAGGGAAGCCCGGGCGGGUGCCGGCUAACGAGGAGUGGGACCUGGCACAGGACCGGCUGAUUAAAAACCCAGCCUCCGGUACGUGUUUGACGGCACGAGGGAAGCACCCGGCGAUGGUUCCCUGUGACCCGAUGGACCCCCACCAGCUCUGGUCCUUCACCUAGGCGGGAAGCAGAGUGGCCCAAGCCCCUGGCCGUCCCCAACCGCGCUCAGGAAACCAGAAUCCAAAAAAACUUCCCCUUUUUUUAAUUUAAGAAGCGAAAGCCUUAAAUAUGCUGCAUUUCAUGGUUGCCUUGAACUAAGUCCCGUGCCUUUGGAGCGGGGAAAGCCCAGGGAGCGGAGCCUGGCCAGCGGUACCCCGCAGAGCCCAAAAUGCGGCGGUCGUAGUGAUGCCUGAGGAUGCUCUUUGGUACCCAGCUGCUGCUCAUCCUUCCCCUCCCCGGCUCCAGCCAGAGACUGGGAAAUUCGUAUCGGGCACUGAAAAACGCGGCCACGCUGCCCUGCACGUGAAAGCAGGGUGGGAAACUCCUGCCAGCGAGGAGGAGGAUGGCGACCGGCCCUGCGGCUCAUCCCGUGGGAGGGUGGAUCGUGGUUUGUCGUGGCCCCGUGUGGGUAAUGGAAUCCCCCCCAGCACCCAGUGCUGCCAGGGGGCUGCCAGGAUCUGGCCCUCGCCCGCCAUAGCCCUGCAAGCAUCGUGUAUCACUGCUGCCAGGGUGGGAGAAGUUGGGCUGUCUGCCUUAGAUAUCAGGCUUGAUUUGGGGUGGGAAGUUAGAUUUUUUUUUUUUAUUUUAUUAUUAUUAUUAUUAUAUGAUGAUGAUUGCUGGGUGCGAUUCUGCUCAUCCUGGUGCUGAUCUGGAGGAGAGUUUUUUCUCCGAAUGGCACAGCUCGAACGCACCGCGGCAUCCUCCCGGAGACGCUCUCACCAGCGCCCAGGUGUGAGAUCUCCUCCUUCCCCUCGUUUUCUUCAAGCCCAACUACUGUAGCUGCCACUUUCAUUGCCAUUUCAUUUAGGGGGGGUGCGGGGGACACCCCUCCUGGAAGUGGCGUGGGGGUGGGAGAACCUGUCUUUGGAUACAUGACCUCAAAUAAAGAGAUGAUUUAUUUUACAGACAUCCCGUCUCCGGCUUCCUCCGAGCUCCCACCCCUUCUCUGAUUUAAUUUUCCCCUCUCUUCUUGCCCUGGAAACUCCCUUUUGCAGCCCAGAAGUGGGUUUAAAGCCACUUUUGCAAUGAGGCAUCACAUUUGGGGUGGUUCAAAUUUGGGUUGGGUUGUCCUGUGCCAGGGUGGAGGCUUCACUGCCAUCCCUUGCUGUGUUCCCUUCUGUGCUGAUAAAACAAAUAAGUGAUUAUUUGGAGACCAUUUUCCCCAUGAAAUCUUAUGUUUUCCUUAGAGAUAAGAGCAGAAAUGCAGCAGGUGCUUUUUUUUUUCCUUUCCUUUCCUUUUUUUUUUUUUUUUUUUUUUUUUUUUAAGCUGGGUGAACUGAUAAUCACCACUACCACAACUGCUGUUUUCCAGUGACUGCUCCAUCAGUGGAGCAAAAACCUCACUGCUGCAAGUUCACCCCGCUCAGAACAGCCUCAAUUUCUUUUUAAAGGGGUAAAAAAUGAAACUGUUUUGGCCAGAAAUCAGGUUUUUCUUAAAAACUACAUUGGUGUUUCAUUUAACCUCAAAAUAAUGCCCCAUGGAGGUCAUGUCCGGUCCCUGCUCUGGUGCUGGCUGUCCUGGGUGGGGUGGGGGUUUUUUGGAGUGGGUGAAG